GGGAGAUGAUAGUGCGGUUGUACUGUACAGUUAGAUGUUGGCAGUGUAAAUUUAUAAUCUAAAAGUGUUUAUCUUUUCUCGUUUUACAGUAACCUUACAUUUUUCGUCAAGGUCGUUCAAUAAACUCUUAAUACUUAAUGGCAUCAUAUGUGAUUUUGGUGUAGUUCGCUUAUUUUUAUUACUACGAUUUAGUAAAUAUGUGUAUUCGUUCAUAUUAGUGGCAUUUGUUAAUAUUAUUUGAAAAUCUACGACCAUACUUAGUUUUGAGCCAAAUGAAAGCUGGCAGGUUGCUUUACUGCUCCACUCCCCUGACUGAGUGUAAACAACAUUGCAAUGUUGCUGAUAGAAAAUAUUACAUGUAGUGCCAUAUUUAGAUGACCCGCCACAUAAAAUGGUCAGAAGAUGUGAUAAACUUAUGUUUUAUGUCAAACAAUAAAAUGCAAGAAUGGUAUCUUAUGAAAUCACAUUUCUACUUUAUCUAUGUGUGUGGAUUUUGGUAUUACAUUCAUCCACCGCCCUAUCUGAUCAACAUGAUUUCAAAUACAUUUCAUAUAGAGAUCUCCAAUCAUCUGUUACAACUUUUCAAGCCGAAGAUAACUCAUCAUUUUCACAAAUGUUGUUCGAUGUAUCCAGAAAUCAAAUGUUUUUAGGAGCAAGGGAUGGGUUUUUCAGAUUGUCAUUAACACAACUAAGUCUUUUGGAGUAUGUAAAUUGGGAAUCGUCAGAACAAAAGCGGCAUUCUUGUAUAGAAAAGGGACAGAGUGACGAAAACUGUCACAAUUUUAUAAAUAUAAUUCUGAGCAACGAUAGAGAAUUACUAAUUUGUGGCACCAAUUCAUUUUCACCUCAGUGUUCUUGGAGGGAGAUCGACAACAUAACUAAUGUUAUCAAAAUAGUGGAUGGAGUAGCGCAGAGUCCAUUUAAUCCAAAUGCAAAUAUUACAGCUCUUUUAUCAGAAAAUGGAUACUACUACUUUGGAGGACCAGCAGACGCUUUUGGUUCUCAGUCUCUAAUAUCAAAAAGUUCCGAAAACACCGUGGUACUCAGAACUAAACCUUAUAAUAAUUUCUGGCUCAAUGAGCCACAGUUUGUGGGUUCUUUUGAAAGUGAUCGGUUUGUUUAUUUUUUAUUUCGAGAAUCUGCAGUGGAAUAUAUGAACUGUGGCAAAGUUAUCUAUUCAAGAAUAGCGAGGAUAUGUAAAAACGAUAAUGGCGGUGGCCAAAUGUUUAAAGAUAAUUGGACUACUUACAUCAAAGCUAGAUUAAACUGCUCUAUAAGCGGUGAUUACCCAUUUUACUUCCAUGAAAUCCAGGGUAUGUUUUAUGUACCCAGUGAGAAUGUUGUCUAUGCUAGUUUUAGUACCUCUUCGAAUAGUAUAGCUGGAUCAGCAGUGUGCGCGUUCAAUAUCACGGCAAUAAAUAAAGCAUUUGAGGGACCAUUUAAAUAUCAGCAGGAUAUAGACAGUGGCUGGAACAAACACAUGAAUCUUUAUAGAAAUCAUUUUAACUGUGAGUCCUCUCAGAAAAAUGUAAAUUUAUUAGAUAUAUCUAAAUAUCAACUAAUGGAUUCAGCUGUUCAGGCUACAGCCUUUGAUCCUUUAUAUUCAACAACAGGAGAACGUUUUACUCACAUAACAGUAGAUGUAGUAGAAACAAAGUUGGUUACUGUACAUGUAAUUUAUUUAGCAACUCAACAGGGUUACAUUAAAAAGCUCAGUUUAUUACCACAUCAUAAAACAGCAUGUGUCGUUGAAAUUUGGCAAGCUGUUCCAGAUGCAAACAUUCCUAUAACUAGCAUGCAAUUCCUAAAAAAGACCAAUUCAGUGUAUAUAACAAGUCCUUUAGGUUUAUCACAAAUUUCUGUGGGUCAUUGUAGACGACACUCUUCUUUGGAAGGCUGUAAAAAUGCUAUGGACCCUUAUUGUGGAUGGAAUGAAAUGGAAGAAACUUGUGCCUUAGUUCCUGAAGAUAGUUUUCGUAGCCAGUUUGGAAAACCGGAGAUAACUUCUUGUCCAGUUUUAAAUACUCCAGUAAAUGGGGGUUGGAGUGCGUGGUCGAAUUGGGCUCCCUGUUUUCAUAAAAGUUUAUCAGACUAUAAUUCCUCUGAUCAUUGCUUAUGCCAAACUCGUCAGUGCAAUAAUCCUGUUCCCGCAAAUAAGGGAAAAACCUGUGUAGGUCCAUCGAUAUCUGUAACAAAUUGUACUGUUCACGGAGGAUGGUCUGAUUGGUCAGCAUGGUCAGCGUGUUCGGCAACUUGUGGUACCGCAGUUAAAAGUAGAACUCGAACCUGUACUAAUCCUGCACCAGCUUUCGGAGGAAGAGUUUGUGUGGGACAGGAUAGAAGUGAAGCACUUUGUACAGAAUAUGCACCAUGUCCUUCUCAACCCGUUGAUGGUGGUUGGGGUCCUUGGUCUCCCUGGACGUCUUGUACAGCUUCUUGCGCUGGCGGUUACCAGUUGAGACAACGAAAAUGUGAUAAUCCUACUCCUCAUAAUGGAGGACAGCACUGUAAAGGUAAUGAUAUUGAAUAUGAAAGAUGUAAUGACGUUCCUUGUAAUGAAAUUAAAAAGUUCUACUCCACGGAUUGGAUUAAUACUAACGGCACGUCUUAUCACAAGAAACGGUACAAAAUUAUUUGUAGAGCACCCGUUAAAUCGCCAAUUCAGAUAAAAAUAUCAGUUAAAGAAGAAGAAAAGUAUUGUUCAAAUUCACAAUGUUCCAACGACGAUUACGAAAGUAGUUGGAAUCAGUGGUCCAAUUGGUCGGAUUGUUCGGUAAGUUGUGGGGGAGGUACGCAAAAACGUGUCAGAACCUGCAAGAAGACGAGAAAUUGUGUAGGCGAAUCAACACAAACGAAAGACUGCAAUACUCACAGCUGUGAAGAGGCGUGGGGUUGUUGGUCCGAAUGGUCUCCCUGCAACGUUUCUUGUGGAUGGGGAGUUAAGAUACGUACCAGAUCAUGUCUAGGAAAAACUUGCAAUGAUGUAGCGAGAGAAGAACAACCGUGCGAAGAUCAACCAUGUGAAGCCAUUUUGGGAUGGGGAAAUUGGACGGAAUGGUCGCUUUGUGAUAUUAACAAUGAACAACAUAGGAAAAGAAAAUGUUUUCACGAAAAUCCAGGCCCCUUGGAAUGUCAAGGAAAAGACUUUGAAACUAGAAUUUGUUUUGGAGAACUAUCAAAUGAAAUAUCAUCCAUACAAAAUACCUUGCUGGAACAGGAGUCUUGUUUCUCUGUAGGACUUUCGUUUUUCUUUGUAGGUGUCAUAGUAGGUCUCUUACCAUACCUUGCAUAUCUCAUCUACAAUCACAUCGCAAAGAAAAAACUUAUCAUACCUAGUUCGCCUCAUUAUAUUUCAGCUCAACAAAAUUCGUAUAUUCUAGUCCCUACGAAGAAAAAACUGCCUAAAAAGCGCAGCUUCUCCUUGCAUCACAGCUCUAGUGGAACUGGAGUAAAAGGUGAAAAGUUUUUCCCUCCAGAUUUUGAUGAAAUACCUACAACGCUGAAAAGAAGUAGUCACGAGGAUAAAAAUGUUUUUAAUAAUGAGGCUGAAAGUGAUAGGUGGUCAUAGGUGUCAUGAGAAUAUGCGAGGUUCGUUAAAAAAAGUGACUGUUUAAAUUUCGCAGGUUGCGUUUAUUUUAUUUUCGAUUUUUUUUUAUUUUGUUGUGUUUGUUUAUGACAUAUAUACCGGUUAGACGUGUUUUGGUGUGGUUGUCGAUCGAAAAUAAUGAAUCAAAGAAUCUGGAUUAAUUAUGGAAUUUUUUAUAACUGUAAUCCAGGUAGAGUCCAUAGCCGACCUUAAAGGAGUGCUAAAAAGCAACGUCUGCAAUCAAAAAAGUCUGGAUUCGGACACAACAUAACUCGCACUGGGAAACUAUACCAGUUGAAGUAUAUCGCAAAAUAUUUAUUGGGUGAACAUGAGCUACUAAAGUUAAGCUAAGCGGAAUUUAAGCAACAGGCUUCUUUAGUGGACACCUGCAUACAAUGAAACUGUUUGAAAACACUGUAGUAGAGAACCUGAAACAGUCAAACAUAUUUUGCAUGAUUGUGAGGUACUAUAUUACAGGCGGAAUUAAAAUGUUGACUGUGGAAUCUGGCGAACCUAUUGAGUUGCUGAGAAUGUCGGUAAAUGUAAUUUUGUCGGAUGUUUUGGGAAUGGUCUUCUCCUACUGAAAUAACUUAAAAACCCAUGAAAGGGGAGAAAUUACAGCAAUUAACCGCUUUUCUAGAAGGGCAAAAAUUAUUAUGCAAAGCAAAAUUCGUGGAAAGAGGAAUGUGGGAAGACGAAGAAUAUCCUGGCUCAAGAAACUGAGGGAUUAGUUUGAAACCAGUAAGUGCAUAACUAUUUAGAGCACCAACCAGUGUGGUUUUGGAGGGUUAAAACCCCCCAGGACCCUAUUCCGACACUGUUAUUCACAAAUUUUAAGGACUUAAAUAGUGGAAGUAGCAUAAAAGAAUUUCUGUGCCCAACCAAAUCCCCCCUCCCAGAGAAAAAUUCUAGGUGCGCUACUGGCACCAACAGGGCCUGCAUAGCCAUGAUGGUUUCCAACCUUCAAUAGAAUAUGUAACUUAAGAAGAGAUCAAGGUCAUACCAAAACGUGCAUUUCAGAAGUGAUUCAAGAUUUUAAAAUUUGGGUUGCUCAAGUGAGAAAGAAAAAUUACAAAGUCACUCAUUUUUAACAAAUCUCGUAUACAAACACCAACUACAUAAGGUACAGUAUGUAUAUUUUGGGAACCAUUUAUUUUCUGAAGUUUCUGAAAGUCUAAUUUUGGCAGCUGAUUAAUUACAACAAAGGAACUAAACAAGUUGCUGGUUAAAAACAAACAACUGGUUUUUGUUGUUAAUAAUACAUCAUAAAUUAUUUUGGCAGCAUAUUACUUAUUCAUUUUUAUAUUCUGUUGUUUAAUACAGUUGAAAAAUGUAGUACAAACUUAAGACUUCCAAGAAUAUAGUUGAAUAUAUUAGAUUAGAUUAUAUGUAAUAAGAUUAAAGCUAUAUUUUUUCCAAAAAUAUAUGUCCAGUACUUUAUACCGUUAUUGUUUUGGUGCAAAAAGUCUUGUGACCUAAGACUGUUCAUUGUAUUUUGAUGUCUUCAAAGGUGUAGCUAUUUUUAUUAUUAAAUGCAAGAAAAUUGUUAAAACCG